AUGAGGGCUUUAUCUCUUUCUUUAUCCAAACGUGAACAGACAAAAAUCCCCAGCAUGGGAAUGCCAGCUUCUACACAAACUGUCAGUUAAAAAAAAAAUCCUUAGAUGACUUUGUUGUUAAAAAACAGUUUCUACUCUCACUCUCACUCUCCCCACUUCUUAUCAUCAACCGCCAUGGCAAUGUGUUCAAGCUUUUGUCCUCAGAUUCCUUACCAUCUUAAAGAGAAACCCUACUUUUCUUUUCCCUCAAAACCUUUGUUUUCUCCUGCUUUCAAGGUGUUCUCUUCUCUGGCGUCCAGUGUUUCAGCUAAAGACGCAUUGCCGGCUCGGAUUGGCUUUCUCGGUCUUGGAAUUAUGGGUUCUCCAAUGGCACAAAAUCUCGUAAAAGCUGGAUGUGAUGUGACUGUUUGGAAUAGGACCAAAAGCAAAUGUGAUCCUCUCAUCAGCUUGGGUGCACAGUAUAUGCCUUCUCCUGAGGAAGUGGCUGCAUCUUGUGAUGUCACAUUUGCCAUGCUUGCAGAUCCUGAAAGUGCAAUUGAUGUUGCAUGUGGCAAGAAUGGAGCUGCAUAUGGAAUUGGUCCUGGCAAGGGGUAUGUGGAUGUUUCAACAGUUGAUGGUGACACCUCCAAGAUGAUUAGUGCACAUAUCAAAGAUACUGGGGCAUUGUUUUUGGAGGCUCCUGUAUCAGGCUCCAAAAAGCCAGCGGAAGAUGGACAACUAAUAUUUCUUACUGCUGGUGACAAGUCUCUCUAUGACACAGUUGUGCCACUCUUAGACAUCAUGGGGAAGUCAAGGUUUUACCUUGGUGAUGUUGGAAAAGGAGCAGCUAUGAAACUUGUGGUCAACAUGAUCAUGGGAAGCAUGAUGGCCUCGUUUUCAGAAGGAAUACUUCUCAGUGAGAAAGUAGGACUUGAUCCUAAUGUACUAGUUGAGGUAGUGUCCCAGGGUGCCAUCAGUGCACCAAUGUACUCACUUAAAGGUCCAUCAAUGACUAAAUCACUCUACCCUACUGCAUUUCCCUUGAAGCAUCAGCAGAAGGAUCUGAGACUUGCUUUAGGAUUAGCAGAAUCUGUUUCUCAGUCGACCCCACUUGCAGCAGCCGCGAAUGAACUAUAUAAGGUGGCAAAAUCUCAUGGCCUUAGUGAUCAAGAUUUUUCAGCAGUUAUUGAAGCAUUGAAAGCUAAAAAGUGACAGCAAAAAACAAAAAAAGCUGUCUUUCACGAGAGCUAAUGUAUAAACACUUCCCUUUGUCAAAAUUUUCAGAAUAAAAGAUUAAGGGCCAUCAUUGUGCCUCAACUUCAUAAUGGGGCCAUUUCAAGCCCUAUGAAAAUAAUUGUGUUUCAGUGUGGAAGACUGCUUGGUCAUUUUAAAGCAGGCAUAUCACAUCCAAAAACCUGGAUAAAGUUAAGAAACUAUUCUUUCUGGUGAUUUUAUAGUUAUUUCAGAGGCUUAUAUCACAAUUUGGGGACCAAGAGGAUUUUCUUCUAUUAUAUGCAUGUUACUCCAUUUAUAAACAAAUC